AUGGGUGAUAUCUAUCGAUGUGCCACCAAAGUCAUCGUGUGGCUUGGGCCGGGGACAGAUGACAGCCUAAUAGCGAUGCAAGCUCUUCGACUAGCAGCGUCUCAUGUGAGAUUUGAUGACGUGUACCGACCGCUACCGAAACACGAAGACAACUGCGACCCAGAUUGGUUGGAUAUGAGAAAACCUCUACCAUACGAUCACGAAACUUGGACGUCGCUUGUAUCCAUGCUGAAUCGUACCUGGUUCAGCCGGCUGUGGAUCUGGCAGGAGAUAUUUCUAUCCCGAGAUCAUGCUGUUGUCACAUGUGGCAAGGACACAAUGCCGUGGAAUGAUUUUCGACAAUCGAUCUUUUGUCUUAUAGAGAAAGGUAUACCAUCCAAGUACGAAUCUCAUGAUUGCUUUUUGCAAGCCGCAGAUAUUUGCUACCUGCGUAACCCUCUUACGAUAGGGCGUACACUACAGAGAUCUCAGUGGGCGCAGUGCUCUGAUCCUCGAGAUCGAAUCUUCGCUGUUCUACAUCUUAUACCAGAAGCUGAAAGACGUUUAGUACGGCCUGACUAUACAAAAACUCCGGGGGAAGUGUAUCGUGACCUCGUCAUUCAUACUUCUGUGACUACUAGAGAUCUAAACCUGCUGUCCUAUUGUGAGAUCGGCGACCAGGACAGCAGCAUGCCCUCCUGGGUACCAAAUUGGGCUGUUCCCUGUCUCUACUACGCGAUCCUGAACGCUAGUGCAGAUGCGAACUCGGGGUGGCUCGGUCAUUACACAUCUACACAAGAAACUUUAGUCGUCACUGGGCAUGAAGUCGCUAAAGUCACUGAUUCGCACGACAUUCUCAGCGACUCCUCGUCCAUACCAAAAACCAAUCGUUACUCUCGACUGAAGCAUUAUCAUGAUGUAAUGCGUAGCUUGAUUAGGGGGCUACGGUAUAGAUUCGAUCAGAACUUCGAUCGACAGGUAGAGCGAAUAUGUCGCACUAUCUACCAGAACACUUUCGCGGACGAAUACGAGCCACCCUUUCAUAGACAUCUCGAUUUCAAAGCGACAUUGGAAUUUUUUUCCCGAGUCAUCGCGCAGGACGAGAAAAAAGCUGUUGAAAAAGAUUAUCUGGAAAAGGCCUCCAAAUUUCUUUGCGCAUUCCACAACAUCGCGUGUGGUAAGACGUUCAUUGUCACCGAUCGAGACAACAUUGGCCUAGCUCCACGCAGCUGUGAAGAAGGGGAUAUAGUUGCCGUCAUCUUUGGUUGUGAAAUCCCGCUACUGCUGCGGCCAACAAUGGAAGGGACGUUCCGUGUGGUAGGUGCAUGCUGGGUGGAAGGUAUCAUGACUGGCGAGAGUUUUCUGGGCCCACUACCUGAGGGUUGGCAAUGUAUUGCGCACCAUGAUGAAGAAAAGGGUGGAUAUUACGACCAUUUCAAGAACCUCAAGACUGGGAGAAUCCAAGUGCGAGAUCCACGAUCACUUCCUUUGCCAGACGGUUGGAUCGAGGUUGAUCACCCGGGAAAGCAUCUUUACACUCUGUACCAGAGAGAGGAAGAGGAGCCUAAUAAGGCAACCAGAUUUGAUCCGCGAAUCAAUCCCCACUAUCUCCGCAAUACGGGCGUCUCGACGAGGGAAUUCGCUCUUGUGUGA